AUUAUCUGUUGGUUUGCUUUCCAUUUAUAUUCUUCAUUGUCAUUUGGAUUUCACCGAAAAACAAUGUUUUUGCCAAUUUUACCAGAAUACAAAUUAAUUAAAACUAAAUUAACUUUUUAAAUUAAAUUCACAAAUAAUCACAACUCAAAUUUCAAUAAAAUCCAAAAGUUUCCAAUCACCGCAAAAAACAACCAUUGAAAAUCUAAUAAGAAAAGCAAGAAAAAAUGUAUAGUUUUGAUGGUGACUAUCGUCGCAGGCCUGUGCAGAACCUAGGUGGUGCUUCACAGACUUGCGAUCGUGAAACAAUUAUUAAAAAAGCCCAAAUUGAAAGACAAAAACGUAAUGAAUUGCGAAAACAAAACAAUGGAGCUAUUGUUUUGCAAUCGUACACGAGGAGCUUCAUUAUGAGGCAGAGGCAGAAAAAACUAGAAAGAGAAAACUUUGAUGAGUUCUUCAAGUCGCACAAGGAAAAACUGACUGAGGACGAAAAUCUAGCGUAUUUGUUGAGGCGUAUUUUGUUCUUCUAUUCAAACAAAGUUUCCAGAGAUUGUGAACGUUUGAUUGAACUCUCCCAGUAUUUGCUUCGAAAUCCAUCAAAAAUGCUUGAAAACUCCGUAACAGGCUUCAUCUGGUUGCAUCGACUUCGUAAGCUGAUGAUCAUUUGCAUUGAACAGCUGACUGUACCGAAUUCAUCCCAAGCCAUUCCAAUGCGUAUGGUUGAGACUUUUACAUCAGAGAGUACAGUAGAACGAUAUAUCGAAGAUCACGAACGAGUUCGAUUAUAUUUGGAACUCAUCUUUCGCUAUUUAGUCGAGAGAAAUUAUUUUAAAAGAAUUCGUAAGAUCUUAGAAGAGAAAUGUCCACCGCUAGAUGGUGAGACUUUGCAUGCUCCUAAUCAAGUAACUGAGGCUCUAUUUCAAAUGAUUAUGAGACCAUUGGUAUUGGUUAAUCGAGGCUUCCGCUAUGGCAAGGUCAUUUGUCAGUCGUUCAAUGAAUAUAUUCUUAGUAAGAGCUUUUCGGAUCCCAUUCGAAAUUAUAUUCUUCCGUGUUUGGCCGAACAACCAGAGUUUCCAUUCAAAGAUAUUCUGCGUUCAUUGGAGGCACUUAUUCCUGUUGCUACACUUUUGGAAGGUGGUGUGGAUAAAAUGCAAGUUGAUGGAGAUGAUCGUGAUCGGGAUGAUGGUAAUCCGAUUUUCAGCAGUUUUUUGCUAAAUUCUAUUUUAAUAUUGGACAGAAGACAGUUGGACACUCUUAAGGAAAAUAACAUCUUAAGCGGCUAUAUCAAAGUGAUCUCAGAAGUCUCACCGAAAAUUCUGGCUCUCCCAAAAUCUUCAAUCAAAUCAACACAUUUGUCAAGCGGUCAUAAUGCAUAUGAUGAAGACGAUGAGGACGAAGAAGACGAUGACGAUGAAGAUGAGUUAGAAACUCAAAGUUCUUCUCGCAUGAGUAUAGAUCCAGGAAAAGACACUGCCCAAACAGGCCUAACUGUUAUUGAGAAAAACUGUCUUCUAGAAGUAAUUGAACUGUUAAAUGAUUCCAAAAGAGUUCACAUCAUUGUUGAUAACAUUGAACAUUUCAUGAGUGAUGCAGAUGUCUUGUAUGCUUUAUGCAAAACCUGCCACAAUAUGAUGAUUUACAAUAAAAAUGCAAUAUUCGAUUAUAAAUUGCUGUAUACAUUGGCUUUUAUGCCAACAUUUAUCCGUGCUGUUUGGUUCACAUUGGCCUCACAAUCUAGCCAGUUGGGAUUCUCAUCACCUCUAAGUCUCAUAUCAAAGGGUGUUGUCCCUAAACAAAAUGGAGUUGAAAGAACAAUUCCGCUGCUAGCUACUUUCUGUUCUCUUUUUGGUCGUCUUGUUCCGACUCUGCAUGAUACAGAAUUCUGUGAAGAUAGCAUGUUUGAAAAACCCCAAACAUUAAGCAAACUGAUGCCAUUCAAGAUCGAUGAAAUUGUUCAAUUGAGUAAGACUUUGAAAGAAAUUUCUUUGGGUCUUGUGGAAUUAGCAUUUCCAGAGACUAGAUCCAAUCUCAAUGAACACUAUCGUUGGAUUCUUGGUCGCAGUGAAUUAGAAGAUACAAAAAUGAAACAACAGAAACAAAUUUGGGCGAAUCUGUUAAAAGUAACGGUUUCGGUGCUCAAUCAGAUACAUACACGAGAUCUUCGUUUGGGCUUUUGUCCUGAUACUCAUUGGACUGUGAGUAAAUUGAAUUUACCCCUGGAUCGACCCAGUGACUUGCCACUGACACGAGGUAGUCGCACUAGGGGAAUUCGACCCUUUCAACCAAUACGAGAUUUUACCCGCGAAGAUUUUGAAAACGGUCCACCAAUGUCGACCAAACAAAUACGUUCUAUUACUAUUCUGAGAGAAAUACCAUUUGUGGUGCCAUUUAGCAAGAGAGUUGGCAUACUACAGGGUUUGGUGGCAGCUGAUAAGAUGAGAGUACAGGGUAAUUUACAAGCAUUCCUUCAAGGGCCAUCUAUAUUGUUGACCGUUCGUAGAUCGCAUCUGUACGAGGAUGCUUUCGAUAAAUUAAGACCAGAAAAUGAACCGGAUUUGCGGCUAAAGUUUCGAGUGCAAUUUGUAAGUUCAUUAGGUUUGGAUGAAGCGGGAAUUGAUGGUGGAGGAGUUUUUCGAGAAUUCUUAUCGGAACUAAUUAAAACAUCAUUCGAUCCAAACAGAGGAUUUUUCAUGGUCACCACUGACAAUAAACUCUAUCCAAAUCCAAAUGUUGGAGAUCUCUUCCCCGAUUUCGAGCGCCAUUAUUAUUUCAUUGGACGUAUCUUAGGAAAGGCAAUAUAUGAAAAUCUGCUUGUCGAACUGCCUCUAGCUGAAUUCUUUCUAACCAAACUGGCUGGCAAGUACUCGGACGUUGAUGUACAUCAACUUGCCUCACUUGAUCCUGAGUUGUAUAAAAAUCUCCUGUGUCUGAAAGACUACGAAGGUGAUGUAUCGGAGUUAAAUUUGGAUUUUACAGUUGUCACCAGCUCACUAGGUCAAACACAAGUUCAAGAUUUGAAACCGAACGGUCAGAGUAUACCAGUUACAUCAUCUAAUCGCAUCGAAUAUAUUCAACUCAUAGCUGAUUAUAAGCUAAAUAAACAAAUUCGUCAACAUUGUGUUGCGUUUAGAAAGGGUCUAUCAAAUGUUCUGCCAGUGGAAUGGUUGUACAUGUUUAGCAAUAAAGAAUUACAAAUUCUUAUAUCCGGGGCUGAAAUCCCGAUUGACUUGGAAGACCUUAAAAAGCAUUGUAAAUACGGUGGAGAAUAUAGUCCCGAACAUCAGAGUAUAGUUUGUUUUUGGGCGGUUCUGGAGGGCUUCUCAGAUCUACAAAAACGUCAGCUGCUUAAAUUUGUUACGAGUUGCUCGAGACCGCCACUAUUGGGAUUUAAGGAUCUUGAUCCGCCGUUUUUUAUCCAAAACGCUGGUGAUAUGGAACGGCUUCCAACUGCCAGCACAUGUACCAAUCUCCUCAAGUUGCCACCAUUCAAGACUGAGGAACAAAUGCGAGAGAAACUCUUAUAUGCGAUCCAAUCGAAUGCUGGAUUUGAGCUUAGUUAAUUUAAUUUAAUAAAAAAUAAAAAUAAAUAUAAUAAAAUACUUAGCUUGUAAGAAUGUCGUGUGAUGAUUUCAAUAGAUUCAGAUUACCAACACCCACCAUCCAAGGACAUUAACCAUAGAAUUCAUCCCAACGUCUUUAAGAUACUUUAAUUACUAACACAGACAUUAAAAAAUCGAUUUAAGUUCCUUAGUAAAAAAAAUAAAAAAAAAAAAUAACAAAAA